AUGCCAAAAUCGUGUUUUGGGUGUUGUUCUAUUCGUCAUGGCGUUAGUUGUAUUUACAUUUUUAACAUAUUUAUGAUCACAUCCAUAAUAAUGAACGAUUUCUUAUACCGCUUGUCAAACUAUUAUCAAUAUUAUCAGCAUGCCAGCUCUGAAAAUUCUACAUCACUAACAUUCAGUUCUUAUAAUUAUUUUGAUGAACAUAUUAAUUUAACACUACAUCACAAUUCUACGGUCAAAGACUUUAUUCCUAAAAUAAAAUGGACGCCUCUCCUGAAAAUUUUUAUGGACUACAUAUUCAUCAUAAAAUUGGCAUGGGGUGUGAUGGAAUUCUAUUUAAACAUUAGCCUGAAACAAUCAACAUACACUGUUUCUCCAGAAAAGAUUUAUGCUUGGUUGGUGAUUUAUUAUUCUAAUUUAUUCUCAGGAAUAAUUUUUCUAAUCGUCAACAACUUCAAUCCUUCGUAUAUUGGAGAAUUCGAAUAUCUUAUGUACCUCCUCCAAAUAAUAAUUAUUGUGGUCGAAAUCUACAUCGUGCAAUCGUAUUACAAACAACAGAAGUUGGCUGCCGUCAGUGAUUUCGUUUACUUAAAAUGGAAAUAUAUACCAAAGUCUCAAUCAGAUGAAAAUAGAUCGGCGCUGAAAAUAAUAUCAGAAAAUCCGCUUGAUCAAACAGAUGACCAAACCGGUUACAUUCCGAUAUUUGUGAGAGACUUGCGCCGCGCAAAUUCUUAA